CAGAAGGCUGGCAUCACUGAAGAGUUCUUCCAUCGUCAUUGGAAGACUGUUCACGCCGACCUCACCUUAGAUCAAUUAGACUUUGCUCUUCGCUUCCAUCAAGACAAGCAAAAUUGGGCCAACGCUCAGCGCCUUCUCACUGCUGUCGGUGGAGCGAUGCAGCUAGCCCUAUACGACGGUAUUGCUGAGUUCCACACCAAAGACUACGAGACGUUCGAGAAGUUCGUCCUAUCGGUCUUCGCUGACCCGCUUUUGGUUGGAGAUCAAAAAAAGUUUGUCAGCUCGGAUUCACCAUUGCACAUCAUGGCCGGCUACGAAAACCUCAUCUUCGGUAGCGGAAUUAGUAUUUCGAAUGGCUACGACAGUGUCGUUCCCGGAGAUCGCCGGUUCAAGUACCCCAGAUGCUGGUGA